AUGUUCGACUCUACGAAAGAUGGUUGGUGCAUCAAUAAUUUGGCUCGUCGAAUCGAGUCUCAGGCGACUUCUCAUCGGCGCCUUCUCCAUGAGCGCAUGCGUGUCUUUUUUUUUUCUUUCUUUCGUGUUUUAUUCGAUAUUCUCUUCUUUCCUUCUUUCUUUCUUUCUUACUUCCUUUUUCUCAGUUAUUUAAGAACUACUUAUUCAUUUUUGUCUUUCAUUAUUUCGUUCUUUGAGAGUUUUAUUUUUAAUAUUCUUUAUCAGUUUCUUCUCUUUCUUUCAAAAGAAUUCUUUCUUUCUUUUUUACGUGAUUCCUUCUUUAUUUCUGUCCUUCUCUCCUUUCUAUUUUUUGUUUUUUUAUUAAUUUCCUUCUUUUUUUUUCCUUCUCUCGUUUUGUCGCUUUUCCUCUCUUUCUUUCUUUCUUUCUUUCUUUCUUUCUUUCUUCUGUCUUUCUCUUUCCUUUCUUUCUUUCUUUCUUUUCUUUCUUUCUUUUCCUUACUUUCUUUUUCUUUUUCUUUCUCCUCUCUUUCUGUAUUUCUUUGUUUUUCUCUCUCUCUCUCUCUUUGUUUGUUUGUUUCUUUCUUUUUCUUUUUCUUUCUCCUCUCUUUAUUUCUGUCUUUCUCUUUUUCUUUUCUUUUCUUUCUUUUUUUCCUUUCUUUUUCUUUCUCCUCUCUUUCUGUCUUUUUUGUUCCUCUCUUUCUUUCUUUCUUUCUUUCUUUCUUUCUUUCUUUCUUUCUUUCUUUCUUUCUUUCUUUCUUAUACAUAUUUCUACUUCAUCAUUUUUCUUUAAAUUUCUUCUCUUAUUUUUUCAGUCUUCACUUAUUUUCCCCACCACGUGAUCAUCCUUUAUAUUUUAUCUUUCCCCUGCUAAACCCGGGUUUACAUGACUUAUAA